AUGUUAACCAUUCCAGGUCCAUCCUAUCUCUCAACAUCUAAACGCCAGACGCUCCUUAAACAGCUCCAAGGAAUCAACCAGUCUAUCGCCAAUGUUGACGCGAUAUACUUGCAUCUAGUCAAACUGAACGGUUCUCAUCGGUUGGAUAUCGAACAGAGAGACACGUUGGAUCGAUUGCUGCAGUAUGGUGAAAAUGCCGGAUCGAGAUUGGGAAAGAAGCUUGAAGAAAAGCACCCAACCAGUGGCCAACUUCUUCUCUUCGUACUUCCACGACCCGGUUCGAUAUCUCCCUGGUCGUCCAAGGCUACAGAUAUUGCUGGCAUAUGCAACUUGGGCUGUGUCAUACAGCGUAUCGAACGCGGUGUUGUUUUCCUUCUCACUUUCAAUGACGAUGCGAAAGAGACAGAGGUAGUCGAUAUUUCCCCGUUCGCGCCUCAUUUACACGACAGAAUGACUCAAUCUAUUCAUCGAAAUAUACUGCCACCAUCCGAGGAAAUUUUUCAUACUUCUUCGAUGACAAAGCGAAAACCUCUUACGACGAUUGACCUCCUUUCACAUAAUACGCGCGAAGGGAGAGUUUCGGUGCUUCGACAAGCAAACGUGGAUCUGGGCCUUGCGUUGAGUGACAGUGAUGUUGAAUACCUAGCCAAGGGAUACGCAGAAACUCUCCAACGAAACCCUACAGAUGCUGAGCUGUUCAUGUUCGCUCAGGUCAAUAGCGAACAUUGCAGACAUAAAAUAUUUAACGCUGAAUGGACUCUGGAUGGUGAGAUCAUGACAGGGGAGGGUAAACGCAAAGAUGGCUCUGGAGGCUCUCUUUUUGGCAUGAUUCGAAACACCGAAAAAUCUCUCAACGCUCAAGGGAAGAACAACACAAUCUCUGCCUACAGUGACAACGCGGCCGUCUUUGAGGGUCACGAUGCAUAUCGCUUCAGCCCUGCACCUUCCGGAUCCUCUACAGCUACUAGUGUGCUGUCCUAUACCCCAACCUCCAAUUCAGAACCCACCCCGAUUCUGAUUAAAGUAGAAACUCACAACCACCCGACGGCUGUUUCACCUUACCCUGGGGCGGCUACCGGCGCCGGUGGUGAAAUCCGAGAUGAAUCAGCUACCGGUAGAGGAUCAAGAACGAAAGCGGGCCUGGUCGGGUUUAUUACCAGCCCAUUGUGUAUACCAGAUUUCACACAUGAUUGGGAAAAAGAUGGGGAGCGAGAUGGUGUUGGGAAACCGGUUCACAUUGCGAGUGCUUUGGAUAUUAUGUUAGAGGGUCCUUUGGGCGCAGCAGAUUUCAGUAAUGAAUUUGGUAGACCUGGGUUGGGUGGGUUUUGGAGAGUUUUCCUGCAAAGAGAAGAAGCUACCACUAACAAGAUUACCUAUCGAGGGUACCACAAACCCGUAAUGCUUGCCGGAGGGAUGGGAACAGUUCGGCCAGAGCUGGCGGUGAAACCUCCACCUUUCCCAAGAGAGCCAGGCGCGGAUCGUGAGCGAACAGCUUACAAGAGGAAACCUGUCAGCCCUGGAACACAUCUCGUGGUGCUCGGCGGCCCUGGGAUGCUGAUCGGCCUGGGUGGAGGCGCUGCCAGUAGUCAACAGGGAGUCUCUAAAGUCUCAAGCAAAAACGAGGACAGCAAGAAACGUCAGGAACUUGACUUUGGAAGCGUACAAAGAGAUAAUGCAGAGAUGGAAAGAAGAGCACAGGGAGUCAUCGAGGGGUGCGUUGCAUUAGCGAAAAACCCGAUUCUCUCGAUCCACGACGUCGGAGCUGGAGGUCUCUCGAAUGCGUUACCAGAACUUGUACAUGAUUCAGGUUUGGGAGCCUACAUCAAUUUGAAUCGUAUUGCUGUUGCGGAUUCUUCAAUGUUGCCGAUGGAAAUUUGGUGUAACGAAUCGCAGGAGCGCUAUGUGCUCGCAAUCGACGCAGAUGCGGAUGGCAUUGCUCUGAAUGUGUUUGAAGAGAUAUGUCGUAGAGAACGGUGUCCCUACUCCCUGGUCGGCCAUGCAACCCUAAACGAGACUCUCGUCGUUCGAGAUGAGGAACGACAGGAGGACGUUAUCAGAGUCGAUAUGAGUGUUCUAUUCGGAGGCGUCGAGAGGAUGAAGAGAAGUGAUAAUCACGUUCCUCCCGCGGCAUCCUUCGUUACCCACUCAAGUGAAGCGACCCCAAAGAUUGACCUUUCAGAAGCAAUAACCCGCCUCCUCCAAUUUCCUGCAAUCGGGUCCAAAUCUUUCCUCAUCACCAUUGGAGAUCGUAGCAUUACGGGAUUGGUAACCAGAGACCAGAUGAUAGGGCCUUGGCAAGUUCCAGUCGCGGAUGUAGCGGUCGUUCGGGCGGGUUACUCUACCCCCGUAGGAACAGGGAGACUGCGUUGUUUUGCGGGAGAGGCAUUUUCGUCAGGUGAAAGGCCGCCGUUGGCUUUGCUUGAUCCAGGUGCUUCGGCACGAAUGGCUCUCGCCGAAUCACUGACCAAUUUGGCUGCUGCUUAUAUUGGAUGUGGUGUCGGGGAUUCGGAGAACUCGGGCAACCCCCUCAAUAAAAUCAAACUGAGUUGUAACUGGAUGUCGGCCGCCUCUAAAUCCGGUGAGGGAGCUGCUUUAUACGAUGCAGUACAAGCCAUAGGUAUGGAUUUAGCUGUCAAAUUGGGUGUCGGCGUUCCUGUCGGGAAGGACAGCAUGAGCAUGAGGAUGGGCUGGAGAGAAUACGUUGACGACCGCGAAAUCGAGAAAGAGGUAUCAGCGCCUGUAACCCUCGUCGUUACCGCGUUCGCUGCUGUCCAAGACGUUCGGGAAACGUGGACGCCUCAAAUUAAAGUGGCCGAAGAAACAGAGACCAUCCUCGUCUUCGUAGAUCUCGCUUCGGGUAAACAACGAAUGGCAGGCUCAUCACUCGCACAAGUGUUUUAUCCGAAAGUCUCACUGUCUUUCUACUCUGAAGAACCGACGCCCGAUUUAACAGGAGCAGACACCGACUCUUUCGUCGUGUUCUUCCGAGUGACACAGGUUAUAAGGGCCAAAUAUCCCGGAAUGGUAUUGGCGUAUCAUGAUAGGAGUGACGGUGGUCUGUUUGGCGGUGUGGUUGAAAUGGCAUUCGCUGGGAGAUGCGGAAUUGAAAUUUCUCUUGACUCGGUCGUUCAGGAUGAUGUUACAAAGGAGGAAGAGGCACUGGUGAGAGCACUCUUCAAUGAGGAACUGGGUGCUUUGUUCCAGAUUCGGAAGCGCGACCUGGCGAAGUUCAAAGAGGUAUUCACGUCUGCGGGUUUCUCUACCGAGACAUCGUUGCAUGUGGUUGGUUCCCCUACUACGCAAGCACACAUUAUCUUCACACUCAACGGAAAACCGGUCUACACCAACACCCGAGAGACGCUGGAGAAGCUGUGGAGCGAAACUUCGUUCAGGAUGCAACAGAUCCGAGAUAAUGCACAGUGCGCCCAAGAGGAAUUCGCUCUCAUUGAUGAUGCCGGCUAUCGAGGGAUUUACUACGAGCCGUCCUUUGGACCCACUUCACCAAUAACAGGAAGGCCCUCUCCGGCGGGAGCAUCGACUCCGAUCCCUUCUCCAGAAAAGCUUCUUGUUCACCGACCAAAAGUGGCGGUGCUGAGAGAGCAAGGAGUGAACGGGCAUGUGGAAAUGGCUUGGGCUUUCUAUGCCGCUGGAUUUGAGGCUGUCGACGUGCAUAUGUCGGACAUUCUUGGGUAUUUGACUCCCUCAUUCUCAACACCUUCUUCCAAUGCCGUCGCCCUGGUCUCCGCGUCCUCUCACAAAUCACUAUCACUCUCGGACUUUGUCGGACUAGUCGCUUGUGGCGGAUUCUCCUAUGGAGAUGUUUUGGGUGCUGGUAAAGGGUGGGCAAAUUCCGUGUUGAUGAAUUCACGCGCAAGAGCGGAAUUCGAGGGGUUCUUUAGAAGGAAGGACACGUUUACACUGGGCAUUUGUAACGGAUGUCAAUUCUUGAGUGCGUUGGUUAGAGGAGGAGUUGACCUAGGCGAUGGCGAUGGCGAUGAUGUUUCCCAAGCACAUGGCACGACCUCCACAGAGUGGCCAGAGUUCAAAUCCAAUCGUUCAGAACGAUUCGAAGCACGGGUUUCCAUGGUCGAAGUAGUCGAUAACCCAGUCACUCGUCGGUCUGUCUUUUUACGAGACAUGAGGAACUCGAAAUUACCUGUUGCAAUCGCACAUGGGGAAGGCAGAGCGUCGUUCUUACCUUCUGGUGCUUCUUCCAAUGCGGUUGCUGUGAGGUAUGUGGACUCGAAAGGGCUCCCUACCACGCGUUACCCUUUGAACCCGAAUGCGUCACCAGGUGGUGUGACGGGCAUACAAAGUCGAGAUGGGAGGGUGCUGGCAAUGAUGCCACAUCCGGAGAGGGUUACUUGCUUGGAGAGUAAUAGUUGGUACCCUCCUCGAAUGAAAGACGAAGGAUGGAAUGAUAUGGGACCGUGGUUUAGAAUGUUCUUGAGUGCACGAGGAUGGUGCCAAUAG